CUCCGCUCCGGCCGCCGCUGCAGAAGCCGAAGGGGAGGAGGGCACGAAAGGCUGCCCGGGCGGCGGCGAAGAAGGGGGCCUUCCCUCCUCUCCGCUGGCCGCGUGAGGGGCGAGUCUCGGCGGGAGUCUCCCUCACCCCUGGCCCGACUGUUAUGAGGCGGCCGUCGCAGAAGUGAGCCCGGGAAGCGGCUGGUGAGAGGAGGGCGGCAGGCGAGGGCUCGCUGGCAGCCCUCCGCCCACCAGGAGGAGAGCGGGAAGCGGGCGAGGCAGCGGCGCCGCGGCGCAGCGCUUUCUGGAGCGGCCAUGAUACAGUGAGCCGCUAGUCUCUGGUCGCCCACCCAGGCUACGGAAAAAUACGGACGCCCAAGGAGGGGUACGCGGUAAUAUGGCCAAUGACAGCGGCGGGAGCGGCGGCGGGGCAGGGCAAGGCGGUGGCACCAGCAACGGCGGCAGCGGCAGCAACAGCAGCGAGCGGGACCGGCAGUACUGCGAACUGUGCGGGAAGAUGGAGAACCUGCUGCGUUGCGGGCGCUGCCGCAGCUCCUUCUACUGCAGCAAAGAGCAUCAGCGCCAGGACUGGAAGAAGCACAAGCUCAUCUGCCGGGAAAGCGACAGCGCCGCCGCGGGGGCGGCAGGGGGCGCUGCCGAGCACCGAAGCAGCGGGGACCAUGCCCACCACCACCCGCGAGGCCACAGCCACCGCGGCGGCGGCGAAGCAGGCUGCAAGGAAGGCGUGGCCCCAGUAGCCAAGAAGUUGCCGGCGCUGCCUGCCAAGCUGCGGUCGGACACCAACUCGGAAGAGAGCGCGGCGGCGGCGGCGGCAGUGGUAACGAACAACCACGUUGGCCAGGCAGCGCCAGAGGCCCGCGGGCAGGAAGAGGAGGACAGGGAGGCGGCGGCGUCUGCCGGGGAGGCGGGGCUGCUGCUGUACGGCGGGGGCCCCAGCGUGACCGGAGGGGCGUCUCUGCGCCCCAACGGGCAGAUGAAGUCUCUGGUGCCUCAGCGGCUGGCGCUGGAAUAUAUCGUGCCCUGCAUGAACAAGCACGGCAUCUGCGUGGUGGACGAGUUCCUGGGCAAGGAGCUGGGCGGGCAGAUUGCUCAGGAGGUGCGUGCCUUGCACCACACCGGCCGCUUCACCGAUGGGCAGCUUGUCAGCCAAAAGAGCGACUCCUCCAGAGACAUUCGUGGAGACAAGAUAACCUGGGUAGAGGGGAAGGAGGCCGGCUGCGAGACCAUCGGGAAGCUCAUGAACAGUAUGGACGAUCUCAUUCGCCACUGUAAUGGCAAGCUGGGCAACUACAAAAUCAACGGCAGGACGAAAGCAAUGGUGGCUUGUUAUCCAGGCAAUGGAACCGGAUAUGUGCGUCAUGUUGAUAAUCCAAAUGGAGAUGGAAGAUGUGUCACGUGUAUAUAUUACCUUAAUAAAGACUGGGAUGCCAAGGUAAGUGGCGGUAUUCUUCGAAUAUUUCCAGAAGGCAAAGCCCAGUUUGCUGACAUUGAACCUAAAUUUGAUAGACUGCUAUUCUUCUGGUCUGACCGCCGCAACCCUCAUGAAGUACAGCCUGCGUUUGCUACAAGGUACGCAAUAACAGUGUGGUAUUUUGAUGCAGAUGAAAGAGCACGUGCUAAAGUAAAAUACUUAACAGGUGAAAAAGGUGUGAGGGUUGAACUCAAUAAACCUUCUGAUUCAAAUGGGAAAGAUGUUUUAUAAAGCCUUUGAACUAGCAGUUCCCUGUGCUACGUCCUAUCUAUUCACCGUCCCCCCAAACUGACUUUGGCGCAAUCUAUUAACUUUUGAAUGUGAAUAACGGGGAAAAGGAAAAUUGACGCCAAAUCAACAUUUUGAACAAACAAAUAAAUAUUGGGGUUCAGUGUUGCAUCAGAUGGAUUUCUAACUGCUGAAGCAUUGUACUACAUGAAUGUGACUCCAGUCCUAUGACUGCUUAUGUGAAGAUAAGCAAUGAGAAAAAACAGCUUACACGUGAAGUGCCCUACAGAGAAUUUUUCCAUUCUUUAUACUUUGUCUCAUCAGAUGUCCAACUCAGUGCUAUUCAUAUCCCCCUUUUUCAAAAUAUGGUCAUAUGUUAAAUUUUAGAUAAUGUUUGUAUAACCAGGUACAGCUAAUCAAAAUUUAGCAAAACAAAAAUUAUUCUCCAAAAUAGCAUUUAUCUAUUUUUGUAAAUCUGCUGUUCACACUGUUCUCCUACUAUGUAAAAAGUAAUUUAAAUAAGAAUUGCCAGUAACUGAUGAUCACUUUGUCUUUACACCUGAAGUCAGAAAUGGAGCACUUUAAUUACCAGCUAAGAACCCGAUUGUUUUUUUUUCCGAAUCUUACACUAAUUUGAAUUUUUUUUAAAAAAAAUGCUGCUGUUUUGUGUUCAAUGUCUUCUAUGAAACUUUUAAAACUGAAACAGAUGCCUAUCUUUUCUGUCAAUUACUUUCUAAAAUUUGUGGUUUUAUAUGUUAAAUCCAGAAAAUCUGUCUUGUUUGGGUUUUCUAAGUGACUGGCUGGCACUAAGUGAACUUGACACUGUGCAUACUGUCCUUGGCAUGGAGAACUGUGGGUACAUUCACUAGGAACUUCACCUGUGAGAGCCAUUUGACAUGAAUGGAAAUUAUUGAAGAACGUAGCUGUGCUCUUAUGCAGCUCCUGCUUUUUUUCAGGGGUGUUAGUGCAGAUGAAUUGGCAGGUGUACUGUGCCCAUAAGUACCAUCAGACCCCUCUUAAUAUAAGGGCUUAGGCUUUGAUGGUUGAAUUCUCCAUCUUGAAUCAUUUUAAAAAACAUCCCCUCUGCCAUUGUCUGCAGAGUAGUUAAACUUAAAUUCACUGGUGUUGUUUCCUGUCAAAGUACAAGCAUCCUUUUCUCAUUUGUAGUUUGGGCCCUUGGUUGAUUAUAUAGUAUCAAGUAUGAAUUAAAUGCAUUAAGACUGCAGUGCAUCACUACAGGCUUAAUAAGCAAAGGCCUUCAUACUGCUGAGAUAUUUUCUCCCUUUUAAAACACUGACCUCUGAGCAAUACUAAAGAUGUUAACAAAGAAAAAAAUUACCUCUUUUUUAAGUUGAGGAAGCAAUACAGAAUAAAGUUCACUCAACCUGACAUGUAUGAAAUGUUUAUUUUGAAGGGAUGGUCAUGUCCUCAAAUUUAAUCUCUUCUCCCCCCCCCCACCCCCAAAAGGAAACCUUCAGCAUGUUACUGGCCUUGCAAAUACCAUUUUGCCCACUCAAACUUUCUGUUAUCUGUCCCUUGAUUCCCUCACUUAAUCAAAACAAUGUGAGUGUACAGAAAUAUUUCUGUAUUUACAAUUUAAUGACAAUUUUAGCCUCUGUAUAGUUUGUACUCUUUAUUAGAGACCUUUUCUAUGGAAAGCUCAGUAAUUUUUAUUAAAAAAAGUCUUAAUAUUCAUGUAAAACAUGAAAAAAAGAUUGUGUUUUGUGACAACUGACAGGAGGAGGGAAAUUCAGUAUUGUAAUAGCAUUUUAGGGGGAACUUGUGGCAAAUGUCUGGGGGGGGGGUUUCCCAAACAAUUAGUUGUCAAAAAUUUAACUGUUUGGUUCUCUUCAUCCCAGUAAAUUGGAAGACAACAUAUCUACUGUAAGUGCCUCUGCAAGCCUGACCAAGGAGUGCAAAUCUUCUUUACUGUCUGGCCUGCAGUGCAAUGCACUGCCUUAGGCCUAAGAAGCACCAUUUCUAACUUGUAACUGCUUUUGUAUUAUGUUUAAUAGGAGUUUGGUUCUGUGUUAGAAAUGCACAACAUAAGCCUUCACAUUUUUAUUUUCAGUCCCUGUAUUAAAAUUAUCAGUGUCUUAUGUUUGUGCUUGUCAGGGAGAUUUAAAGUGUGCUUAAAUCUCUCAACGUGUUACUUAAAAAAGGUCAUCAAACUGGGUCUUCUAACAUCAGUUUAGAAACUGUUCAUGUCAGUUAAAUCUUCAGCCUUGGGCAUCACCAAGCAGGAACCUGUUUCAGACUAUUUUUAAACUGUCUUACUGCCUGUAUAUGUGUUUAGUCCUGGUUAAAGAUAAAGCCUCAUAAUGCUAUUUUUUUCUUGACAUUAGCCAGCUGUAAAAGACAAGACUUUUAUCUCGCAGGCAAAGAAAUUCAGGAUUUGUUUGCAGAUUUCCUAUAAAGUCAUGUAACUUCUGAAAAGCUGUGUUCAUUACUGAAAGAGCUCUCAGAUUGCUUGUAAAGCUAAUCUAAUUAAAAGGAUGUAUAAAGGUUCUUGAAACAAUGUGGUAAUUUAUAAUUAUGUAACUUUUUUUAAAGCCCUACUCCACAGCAACUAAUUAGUAAUCUGAUAAGGGGUGUGUGUUUGUAUCUUUUUUUAGAAUUUGGUGACAUUGCAGCUGUAGUCAAGGGUCUCCUGUUAGUUUCAUUUAUAAACCCUGUUUUUAAUUAUCUAGAUGAGUUUUUUUUUUUUACAGAAGAAGAGGCUAGGGAUGGGGCAAAGUACCAGUUGUAGCUUCAGAGCACUACCAAUGUAAACAUUCUCUGAUCGUGUGGAAAAACUCACAAUGUUUCUCUGUGCAAACAAAUAGAAUUCUUGAGUUUGGAUGUUUUAUAUGGGCCUUCUACAUUCAUGUAGACCAAGUUCUAGGGCUUAAAGG